AUGGAGAGCAAUGAAGCUGAUUUUGGGCCCUCUGGUAUCAUUGCGGAACUGUGUCACACAGACAAACACAACCCCUUUCCACUCUGGCAGAAUGGUACCAUCAGCCCCUGCUUUAACCAGCUAAUUUGUGGAUCACUGGCUCAUGCAGCUAUUGCAAUUUUCAGUGCUUGUUAUCUAAGCGUUCCUAGUCAUAGACAUACUCUGUCGUCGCUCCCUGUUGGAUGGGGUUUUAGAGUGGUGUCAGCGCUGCUGUUGGCUUUACUCUUUAUUGGGGACUUGGCACUGGUGGGCGUUUUGCAACAACCUGACAUGUUCCUGGAUUUCCUGGCUGAUGGAUGUGCUGUUCUAGCUUGGCUGGUCCACUUUGGAGCACUUAUAGUCCUGCAGAGGUCUGUCUACAGGAGGAGCCGAGGGCCAGCAGUGCUUGUUCUGCUGAUUGUCCUUCCUAUACCUAAUCUGGCCUUCAUUCUUACCACCUACAUUCAAGAUGGCACAUAUCUCGAUCCCUCAGAACUUCUUCGAGUGGUCCGUUUUGCAAUGACAGUGGCUCGAGCUGUCCUGCUCCUCCUUUAUCUCCUCGCAUUUGCCUUCCCCUGCUUCAGAGCACGUGACGAUCUCCUGUCUAUAAACUCUGGGGAUGGAGCCCCCCUAAUUACUCCUGAGCUCAGCAGUGGAGAUAUAAUAGCUGAAGACGGCUGUAGCUGUCUGUCACGCUUCCUGUACCUCUGGCUGAACCCUUUACUGAGGCAAGGAGAACGCGGGGAGCUUGAGAGACCCUGUGAUGUCUUCCAGCUGCCUCAGCGGUUACACACCCGUGCUGUUACUCAGCGCUUCUUGGGUUGCUGGGCCGACAGCCAAAGCCGUAGAGCGCGGGAUACCCAGGAGGGAGCAUCACGGUCAGCGGUAGGAAGCCUACAGAAUGGCCAGUGGAGUGAGAAUGUAGCAGAGGGGACCUCUGAUGGAGGAGGCCAUGAAGUUGGGCUCCUGCGAGUACUGUACAGGGCUUUCGGUAAACGCUAUCUCCUGCUGGGAUUGUUGAAGCUAGCAGCCAGCAUGCUAUCUUUCGCGGGGCCACUUCUCCUCAAUGGACUGGUGGGCUUCAUGGAAACAGAAGGGGCACCACUCAGGACAGGGGUGUGGUGUGCUGUUGGACUCUUUGCCAGCACCUUCUUUGCAGCUUUGCUUCGAAAUGUUUUUGUCUUUGAGGUGUCUAAAGUGUCCCUGGAAGCUCGGGCUGCUGUUGUGUCUACCAUCUAUAGCAAAGCCGUCCAGGUCAGCAGCGCGGCGCUGGCUUGCUUUAACAUGGGCGAAGUUGUCAACUUCAUGAGCACGGAUACGGAUCGGCUGGUGAACUUCUUUAACAGCUUCCAUGAAGCUUGGAGCCUGCCCUUCCAGUUUGCUGUCGCUCUCUAUUUGCUCUACCUGCAGGUGGGUGUAGCUGUCCUGGGUGGCUUGGGUGUGGCUUUGCUGUUGGUUCCACUAAACAAGAUCCUGGCAUCUCGUAUCCUGGACAACAAUAAACAUAUGCUAAUACACAAAGACAGCAGAGUUAAGCUAAUGACCGAAGUGCUCUUUGGAAUUCGUGUACUAAAGUUCUAUAAUUGGGAGGACCACUUUGCCCAAAAGAUUUCCGAAUGUCGCAAGAGAGAGCUGGCUCAUUUGAAGGCACUUAAGUAUCUCGAUGCAGUGUGUGUGUACACGUGGGCCGCUCUGCCAGUUGUCAUGUCCAUCAUCACCUUUAUCACCUAUGUGCUGCUUGGACACAGUCUCACUGCAGCCAAGGUUUUCACUACUCUCGCUCUAGUAGGAAUGCUCAUUCUACCACUUAAUAGCUUCCCAUGGGUUCUUAAUGGCACACUGGAAGCGAAAGUUUCUCUGGACCGCAUCCAGCAGUUUCUUAGACUUCACAACCAGGAUCUAACAGCUUACUACAACCAAGUCCCUCCUGAGGAUCCUCUCACCGCAGUUAAGAUGCACCAAGCCUGUUUUUCAUGGCAGAGUUCAGAUAGGCCUCAGUCAGAUAGCACAUCUGAAGGGCUGACAGACAGCACUGAGGACAGAUCUCUAUCAGGAAGUCUGUACCUCCAAAACCUCAACCUCAGCAUUAAAAAGGGCAGUCUGGUUGCUGUUGUGGGGAAAGUUGGUUGUGGGAAGAGCUCCUUGUUGGCAGCCAUUACGGGGGAACUUAACAGGUGUGGUGGAGUAGUGUAUGUUCAAGGCAGAGAGAAGGGAUUUGGCUUCGCUGCUCAGGAGCCAUGGAUCCAGCAUGCAACGGUGCGAGACAACAUCUUGUUUGGCCAGGACUUUGACAGUGUCUUCUAUCAGGCUGUGAUUGAAGCCUGUGCACUCACCGAUGACCUCAGUAUUUUGCCUGAUGGGGAUCAGACAGAAGUGGGAGAAAUUGGGGUUACGCUUAGUGGAGGACAAAAAAGCCGACUUGCCUUGGCAAGGGCUGUUUAUAUGGACAAGGAUAUCUAUUUGCUUGAUGAUCCACUGGCAGCAGUAGAUACUAAUGUGGCUAACCAUCUCAUGGAGAAAUGCAUCAUGGGAAUUCUUAAAAACAAGACCAGAAUUCUUUGCACUCAUCGAACAGAAUUUGUGGACAAGGCCGAUACAGUAAUCCUAAUGGAAAAUGGGACAAUUGUCAAAUCAGGAACACCUAAGGAGGUCCUAUCUAUGAUAAGAACAAUACCAAAGAAUAGUAAAAAUGACAUCAAUACAAAAGAAAAAGAUGGAGCAGACAAUGAAGAGCGACUAGCCAGUGAGCUAGGUGAAGAGGACAAGUCAACCGCGAUGGGAGAGGAACAGAAGCAAGUUGGCUCCAUUGCCUGGACGGUAUAUAGCUCCUACUGGAGAGCUAUAGGUGGAGUUUUGGCUUUCUCCAUCCUUCUUGCCCUAUUCCUCAUGCAAGCCUCUAAGAAUGUGUCCGAUUGGUGGCUGUCCCACUGGAUUUCAAGUUUGAAAGGCAACAUGUCUGAGUUUGGCUCUCUGGCAGCUUCUCCUCCUCUCCCUGUCCUGCUCCUCAUGUCUCCUGAGAGACUAUUGUACCCUGCUGCUGUCAAGGUUACGGAGCCCUUUGGAAACAUGAGUUCAGAGUUGAAGUUCUACAUGACUGUCUAUGGCUCUUUAGCGGCAGCAAACACAGUCUUCACUGCUGCACGAGCCUUUCUCUUCGCCUAUGGGACUAUCUGUGCUGCCACAAUAAUCCAUAGAAGACUGCUCAACAGCGUCCUUAAGGCAACAGUGGCCUUUUUUGACACAACACCCCUGGGCCGUGUCCUCAAUCGUUUCUCUUCCGACAUUUACUGUGUGGACGACUCGCUGCCAUUUGUCUUAAACAUCCUUCUGGCAAAUUUGUUUGGGCUCCUUGGGAUGCUGGUGGUUAUGAGCUAUGGGCUGCCUUGGGUUUUACUCCCGUUACUUCCACUCGGGGCACUGUACUACCGUAUCCAGCGUUUCUACCGACACUCCUCCCGUGAGCUCAAACGACUCUACAGCCUCACCCUCUCUCCCAUCUACUCCCAUUUCUCAGAAACUCUCAAUGGGCUGGGUACUGUACGAGCCAGUGGUAGUGCUAACAGGUUUGAGAGGGAGAAUGAAAGGCGUCUGGAGCAGAACCAGCGCUGUCUCUUCAUCAGUAACGCUGCCAUGCAGUGGCUUGACAUACGACUGCAGAUGAUUGGUGUUGCUGUGGUGACAGUUAUCAGUGUAAUUGCUGUGAUCCAGCAUCAGACCAAAUCAGUUGAUCCAGGUCUCGUUGGUUUGUCUCUGUCCUAUGCACUGUCAAUCACCAAUCUGCUGUCAGGCCUUAUCUUCACGUUUGCACAGACAGAAAUGCAGUUGGUGAGUGUGGAGCGUAUAGAGGAGUACUCCACCAACAUUCCUCUGGAGCCACAGCACGGUACCCUGCAGGUACCCCCAACGUGGCCGGGGCAGGGUCGGGUGGAGUUUGUGGAUGCCGUGUUGUCGUACCGGCCUGGCCUGCCGAAUGCCCUUGAUGGGGUGAAUUUCAAGGUGUUGCCCGGCGAGAGGAUAGGGAUAGUGGGGCGGACUGGCUCGGGGAAGUCCACUCUCUUCCUUGCUUUAUUUCGCUUCACAGAGCUAAACCAGGGGCACAUACUUCUGGAUGGAGUAGAUGUCAGCCGCGUCGCAUUACCACUGUUACGGUCUAGGCUUGCCAUCAUCCCUCAAGAUCCCUUCUUGUUCUCAAGUUCAGUGCGGGACAACCUAGACCCCUGUGGGCGUCACUCUGACCACCGGUUAAUGGAUGUCCUGGAAGAGUGCCACCUAGGCCAGGUGGUUAUGAGAAUUGGUGGACUGAAUGCUGAGGUUGGAGAGAGAGGAAAGUCAUUCUCAUUAGGACAGAGGCAGCUGCUGUGUCUGGCUCGAGCCCUGCUGACUGAAGCUAAUAUCUUAUGUAUUGAUGAAGCCACCGCCAGUGUGGACCAUAAGACUGAUAUGCUGCUACAGAAAACAAUAAGGGAAAAAUUUAUAAACAAAACAGUUCUUACUAUUGCACACAGACUAAACACAAUCAUGGACUCUGACAGGGUGAUGGUGAUGCAGGCUGGGAAAGUGGUGGAAUUUGACACACCUGCUGCUUUAUGCCAGACGGAGGACUCCAUUUUCCAGAAACUUCUACAUGGAGGAAGCCAAUGAAUAUCAACUUAAAGAC